GCCCGCCUCGCCGUUUCACCAACCAAACCCAAAAACCCAAACCAAACGCGCGACGCCUCAGCUUUCUCCUGCUCCUCCUGCCACUCACCAACCCAACGCAAAGCAUCGCGGCCGCGAGGUCGUCGACCUCGUCGUCGUCGUCGAUGGAGGUGGAGGCGUUCCCGAUACGGUUCACGAGGGGAAUACGGUCGCACUGGGGGAGGCGCAAGUACCAGCGGCUGGAGGCGGCGAACGGCGGCGGGAAGACGAGGGCGACGCAGCAGCUGGGCGGCGCGCGCCGCGGCGGUGCGGGGUGGGGGCUGCGGCUGCGGCGGCUGCUCCGCGUCCGCGUGCGCGUGGCGAGGGCGUGGCUGUCGUCCCCGGCGCGGCUGCUGGCGCGGAUCCGCGACGCGUACGUGGGCGGCAUGCUCGCCGUGUCGAGGAAGGCGUCGGGCAUGUCGCUGCCGAACGCGCCCGAGGGGCUGUGGCCCAGGCGCGUGCCGCGCCGGAAGCAGCUCCCGGCGGCGCGGCCAGGCCAGCUCACCGACUUCGAGCAGAGGCUCGUCGUCGAGAUAUACAAGUCCAUCGUCGCCUCCAAGGAGCUCACCACCAUGCUCCACCACUCCACCGCGCACCUGCCGCAGCAGCACAACACGGCGGCGCCGGCGUCCAGUGGCCAGCUGCUAGUCAAUUAGCGUGCUGUCUGUAUCCACCAUCGACAUGGAAACUGAACCGCGAGAGCUCCUGCAAGUUCGUUUGCUCGAUCGCUGCUCAUGUUGAUGAUUAUUACUACUGCUGUUUCUUCCUUGUAAUUUGUAAGAAGUAUUAGUUAGGACAAGAUGAUGAUGUACACUUCAAUUUCUACCUGGUGCAAAUCACCAUGCCGCCGCGAGUAUGUUUAAUUUCGUAACCAAGAAAUCGAUCAAGCAAAGUUCGUGCCUCCGCGCACCUUGUUCUUGUUCU